CCUUUUGGUUCCCAAUUUUUUUCUUUUAACACAUUCAUUGGAAACAACUUGCAAAUUGAAGUGCAUAGUUGACAAGGCGAGGGUAAGGGUUUUGGCGCAUCGAUUAUUGCGGGAAAAGAGAUUUGGGGAAAAAUGGAUGCCCAGAUUGAUCACUAUGCGGUGCUAGGGUUACCAUCGGGAGAAGAAGGUGCGAAGCUAACGGAGAAAGAAAUCAACAAGGCAUACAGAUGGAAGGCUCUGGAACUGCACCCAGACAAGAGGCCCGACGACCCCAACGCCGCCGCCAACUUCCAACAGCUUCGCACAUCCUACGACAUUCUCCGGGAUGACAAGGCCCGUAAGUUGUUCGACGAACUAUUGCGCGUCAAGCGCGACCGCGAGCUCCGCCACUCCCAGCGCGACGGAAAGCGCCGCAAGAUGGUUUCCGAUCUCGAGCGCCGGGAGCGCGAUGCUAACGCCCCCGACCUCGCCGCCAAGGAGCGCGAAGAGGAGGCCAGGAUCGCGCGCAAGCUCAAGGAGGAGAUCGCGAGAAUUCGUGCCAUGCACAGCAUGAAGGCAGCGCCACCACCUCCACCGGAAACGGAGAAAGAGAGUGGCCGUGGCGGCGGGGGAGGUGGAUUGGAUCAAGAGAAGGUUCUGAAGGUUUCUUGGGAAAAGGUGGGUGAGGAUUAUUCGGCUGAUAAGUUGAGGGAAUUGUUUUCAGAGUUUGGUGAAGUGGAAGAUGUUGUCAUCAAAGGGAGUAAGAAGAAGGGUUCUGCACUCGUUGUUAUGGCCACUAAAGAAGGAAGUGUUGCUGCGACGGGAAGUGUGAUUGGUCAUCUUGCUAAUCCGUUGCUGGUUUUACCUCUUAAACCGGCAACUGUUGCAGAUUCUUCCAGUGUUCCGAAGUCCGCUGAAACUCCCAAAUUGAGUAAUCUGGUCGGUGCUGGAUAUCAAGCUUUUGAGGAUUCUGUUCUGAAGAAACUGCAAAAGGCUGCAGAAAAGCAAAAAUGAUGCUGUCAGAAUGAUAAGCAUAAGAUUCAAUUAUUUGGCACGGUCAUCCCCAAUUCUAUGUUUAGGUACUGAAAUUACCGUUGUAAUGAUUCAUCAUUAGUGAUCUGUCAACUGAUCUUUCUGUAUCCAGAUAUACUAAUUAAGGAGUAGCAUACUAGAGACGAAUGUUCCCUGUAGAAAUUUUCUGUCAUUGUGUAGUUGGUCUUACAGAACUGUGACUGGUUCAUGGGUGUAGAAUUUUACAAAACAAUGUGAAAUUUCAAUAACUGUACAUUCUCUGACGCCAGCCUGAAGUUUUGUGUGAUCUUGUCUGUGUUUCUUGUUGUGUUAAAUGGGUGAAAUUUAAUAAAAACUGCAUUAAAAUGCCUUUUUGCUACACUACAGGCAUGGUUUUUGAAGGUGAAAUAGUUAAUGAAAAACCUGACAAUGCUAUCUGGGAAUGGAUAAAAAGAUACUAUAUGGCCUGAGCUUCAAAGUUCGUUACAUAGUAGCUUAACUUAUUUUUGAUUAACAAAAGUAUAUCUUUUUGCACCACAGAAUCUAUGUUAAUGAGUCUUGUUGAUUUUUUAAACUAAGGUCCUUUGUUUGUCCAUAAAUUAUGACAGUGGCAAAGUUGUGAACUUGGUUAGAAAAGGGUGAUAUGUUCUUGAGUGAUAUUGUUUUGUAUGCGUGAAUAAAUUGUCUGAAAACUAAGUUGUUGGACAUUUGGAUUAGUCCAUUUUUUUCUAAGUCUUGGGAAAGUUCCUUUUCCAAUUUCUUAUUGUGGAUAUGAAUAAAAUACAGCAUCAUUUUUAGGUUACAUGGUUUCAAAUUUUAAACUCUGCUCGGAAAAUUGUUUUUGUUUUUACCUCCUUUGAAUUCAUGUUUGUUGUUUUCGGUUUAAGUGUACUUACUUCCUAUUCGGUUCUGAACAUAUAUUUGAGGAAUAUUGUCAAGUUGAUUUAAGUAAUGGGAAAAAAUGACCACCUCCAUAGCCUUCAUCAUUUUCCUGGAACCAUUUCUGUUUGUUUUGAGGAAUUCCACUCAAAGUAAUAAGGUAGUGGCAACUGGUUUUGAUAUGGUUAUUUAGCCUACGACUAUAUACGGCAUGUUUGAAACUGCUCUCUCCCUUCUCUACACAUUCUGUGAUAUUUGAUAGUGUGUGUGUACAGAUGAAAUUAAUUCUUCCUAGUUUCAUUUUAUUUUUCCUUACUUCAGUUUAAGAAAGUGAAACAAAAGAUGCCCAACUCUUUCUUAAUGCUGUGGGUUUUUUUGCUUGAUUCUUAAAUUGAUCCAGCCUUGAUGAUAAAAUAGGGUAGAGACUAGAGAACCAAGUUUUCUUUUAAAAAUAUUAAUCAAAUCUGACAAA